GGCCACCUGCUUUCAGCCAGGAACCAUUACCAGAUGACAAUAAGGAAGUGGAGAGUUUGGACAGUGAGGAUGUAUUAAAGAUCACACACAACCUUCUGGACAGAAGAAGUCAAACUCUGCUGACAGUCCAACAAGACAUCAAGGCUAAACUGAAACACAAGUAUCAACACAUAUCUGAAGGAAUUGGACACCAUGGAAACCAAAGUCUGUUCAAGGACAUCUACACAGACCUCUACAUCACAGAGGGUGGAAGUGGAGGGCUCAAUAAUGAACAUGAGGUUAGACAGAUAGAGAUGGCAUCCAAAAAACAAACCACACAAGAGACACCAAUCAAAUGCAACGACAUCUUCAAGCCGUUACCUGGACAAGACAAACCAAUCAGAACUGUGCUGACCAAAGGAAUCGCUGGCAUUGGAAAAACAGUCUCUGUGCAGAAGGUCAUCCUUGACUGGGCAGAGGGAAAAGCAAAUCAGGACGUUCAUUUCAUGUUUCCUCUUCCUUUCCGUGAUCUGAACCUGAAAAAGGACCAAUACAGUCUGAUGCAACUUCUUUCCCACUACUUCCCAGAGCUGAAAGAGAUUGACAGCAUUGAAGAUGGUGAAACCAAAACUGUUUUCAUUUUUGAUGGUCUGGAUGAGUGUCGACUUCCUCUAGACUUAACAAAUGAUGAGAAGUGCUGUGAUGUCACGAUGCCAACCUCAGUGGACGUGCUACUGACAAACCUCAUCAAGGGGAUUCUGCUUCCCUCUGCUCUCCUCUGGAUAACCACACGACCUGCAGCAGCCAAUCAGAUCCCUCCUGAGUGUGUUGACCAAGUGACAGAGGUACGAGGGUUCAAUGAUCCACAGAAGGAGGUGUACUUCAGGAAGAAAAUCACAGAUCAGAUUCUGGCCAAUGAAAUCAUCAAAUACAUGAAGACAUCAAGGAGCCUACACAUCAUGUGCCACAUACCAGUCUUCUGUUGGAUAUCAGCCACUGUCCUUGAGAUGAUGCUGAAAGAGACAGAGAAGGAUGAAGUCCCCAAAACUCUGACCCAGAUGUACUCACACUUCAUGCUCAUCCAAAUCAUUGUGAAGAACAGGAAGUACAACAAAGCCACAGAGACAAGCCCAAAGGAACUGUCUCAGUCAGACAAAGAGAUGAUCCUGAAACUGGCAAAGCUGGCUUUCCAACAGCUGCAGAAGGGCAACCUGAUCUUCUACAAGGAGGACCUGAGAGAGUGUGGUCUUGACGUCACAGAGGCAUCAGAGUACUCAGCAUUAUGUACAGAGAUCUUUAAAGAAGAAUCUGGGCUGUACCAAGAGAAGGUCUACAGCUUUGUGCAUCUGAGCAUUCAGGAGUUUCUAGCAGCAGUGCAUGCUUUAGAAUCAUGUCUGGACAAGAAGGAAAAUGUUUUUCCCACCACUAGUGAUGAUGAAGAGAAGGAGUCAAUCCAGUUGUCUGACUUACACAGGAGAGCAGUGGACCAGGCCUUGAAGAGUGAGAAUGGACACCUGGACCUGUUCCUCCGCUUCCUUCUGGGUCUCUCACUGGAGUCCAAUCAGAAUCUGUUACGAGGCCUUCUGACACAGACAGGAAGUACCACACGGAGCAAUAAGAAAACAGUUGAGAGAACAGUCAGGUACCUUUCAGACAAGAUCGACGAAGAAUCCUCACCAGAAAGGAUCAUCAACUUGUUCCACUGUCUGAAUGAACUUGGUUCCAACUCUCUAGUUGAAGACAUGCAGACCUCCCUGCGAUCAGGAACUCUUUCAGAAACAAGACUAAAACCUGACCAAUGUUCAGCCCUGGCCUACCUGUUACUGAUGUCAGAGGAGGUGCUGGAGGAGUUUGAGCUGAAGACAUACAACACAUCAGAGGAAGGUUAUCAGAGGUUGCUGCCGGUAGUGAAAACCUGCAAGAGAGCACUACUAGCUGGCUGUAAACUCACAUAUGAAUCCUGUGAGACUCUGGCCUCAGCUCUGCAGACACCAAACUCCCCCCUGAGAGAACUGGACCUCAGCUACAAUGACCUGGGAGACAGAGGAGUGGAGCUGCUCUGUGUUGGACUAACCAGUCCACUCUGCAACAUACAGACACUAGUUCUAGGUCAGUGUGGUCUGACAGAGGGUUGCUGUUCAGAUCUGGCCUCAGUCCUGAGUUCACCCAACUCACAACUGAAACAGCUGCAGCUGAGAGACAAUGACCUGCAGAACUCAGGAGUUACAUUGCUGUCUGCUGAACUGGAGGAUCCAGACUGUAAACUAGACACACUGGGUCUAGGUCAGUGUGGUCUGACAGAGGGUUGCUGUUCAGAUCUGGCCUCAGUCCUGAGUUCACCCAACUCACAACUGAAACAACUGGAGCUGAGAGACAAUGACCUGCAGGACUCAGGAGUUACACUGCUGUCUGCUGGACUGGAGGAUCCAGACUGUAAACUACACACACUGGGGCUGUCUGGCUGUCUGGUCACAGAGGAGGGCUGUGCUGCUCUGUCUUCAGCUCUGAGGUCAAACCCCUCCCACCUGAAAGAGCUGGACCUGAGCUACAAUCACCCAGGAGACUCUGCAGGGGAACUGCUUUCAGCUGCUCUGGUGGAUCCCACAUAUAAACUGAUGAAGCUGAAUGUGGAUCAUGGUGGAGAGUGCAGGCUGAAAUCAGGGCUGAGGAAAUAUGCCUGUCAUCUCACCCUGGACCCAAAUACAGCACACCCACACCUGAUACUGUCUGAGGGGAACAGGAAGGUGACACGGGUGGUGGAGGACCGGCAUUAUGAAGACCAUCCAGACAGAUUUGAUUGUCUUCAUCAGGUUCUCUGCAGAGAAGGCUUAUCUGGGUGUCGUUAUUACUGGGAGGUGGAGAUGGAUGGUACCGGGGCAGUCAUUGGUGUGGUGUACAGAGGAAUGAAGAGGAAGGGAAGGGGGGUUGACAGUGACAUUGGAGCCAAUAAGAAGUCCUGGUGUUUAUUCUGCUCUCAUAGUGGUUAUUGCUUUUACCAUCCUGGAGUCUGUUGCAGAUCCAUCCCUGGUCCUGUUUCUAACAGAGUUGGAGUGUAUCUGAACUGGUCAGCUGGUACUUUGUCCUUCUAUAGUGUGUCCUCCUCUGGUACACUGACACACCACCUUUACACAGAACACACCACGUUCACUGAACCCCUCUAUCCUGGGUUUGGCGUUUCCUCCUCCUCAGUGACCUCAGUGACCCUGCGUCAGAUAGAUGACCAACACAUUCAGAGAGACCAUGGUGGAGAGAGUUGUAUCAAGCCUGGACCUGAGAACACCAGAGACCAUGGUGGAGAGAGUUGGAUCAAGCCUGGACCUGAGAAAUGGAUUCCUCAGAGCUGUAAGACUUGUGACCAUGUUGAGGACUCCACACACUGGCUUCAGAUUGAACCCUUGACUUCCACUGUCCAGGGAGUGACAAUGUUCAGGCACAGGACACCCAAAGGGAGUUAUGAGUGCACAGUGUCUGGGCUCCGCUGGCUGUGUGAGAGAGAUGUCAUUCUGAAGUAUCACUUCAGGAACUGGGAACCCUACAGUCAACUUCUGAAAGACAUGCAGUACACACAAGGUGGUCCAUUGCUGGACAUCACUAUGGAGUUAGGUGAACUGGAGGAAGUUCAUCUGCCACACUUUGUCUGUUUAGGGACCAACCCUUCCCUGAGGAAUGAGAUGAAGAUUCUUCAUGUAGAGGAACAUGGAGUGUCUUUAGAGGAAGUGCAUGAGGUCACCAGAUUCCAUGUUAAGAUUCUCCAUCCCAAGUUCUCAGCUAUCUCUGUUAUACUGAGCUAUAUCCUUUCUUGGAUCGUAGAUGUCCACUGUGACGUGGUCCUCUAUAUGGCAGUAAAAAAGUCAACAGUCAUUUCAAGGCUGUACCUGCUCCUCAGAAACUCCAGUCAGAAAGAGGCUGUUCGGGAACGGGAGAAAGAUCAGGUGUCCCAAGGAUAUUCAGAAUUUCUCCUGCCAAGUCCAAAUGGGCCCUUAAAGAUGAACACUUGGUUUGCACUCAAGAAUCCACACUCUACUUCCAUCUAUCCAGAGAAGAUUCAGCUGUUACCUGCAAACACCACACCAAGCUGUUGUAAGAUGAUAAUGGGAAACACAGGGGUGGACAUUGAGAUGGAGUUAAUCGGGGAUGAUGAGAGGACAGUAUGGAAAUCAGUGGUAUCAAAAGAUGAAUACAGCAAAGACUCUCAUCCAACACCAUUAACACUCCCUGGGAUUCCUGCUGAGGAGUUUCUGAAGAAACACAGGGCUGUACUCAUUCAGGGAGUCAAAAACCCAAUACCAAUAGCAGAUGAUCUGUCGUCAAAGAGCAUGAUUGGUGAUGAAGAGUACUCCAGAAUAACAGCUGAAACAACUGAACAGGAGCGAAUGAGAAAACUACUGAAUGCAGUCCUCCCUAAAGGACCAGAAGUGAUGGGAGCUUGUCUCAAAGCUCUCAGUGAACAUGAACACCAUCUUGUUAAGUACUUGAGUGAAUCUAGCACCUAAUCUGAAGAUGCUGAGGCCUGUCUCCUAGUCUAUGGACAAAGACACUUCUCC